AUGGCAUCUCAUCUUCUCAAGCUGGGCACAGCUUUGCUUGUGCUUGGAGUCUCUGCAUCUUCCUCCACUGUCCACUCCAAGAGACAGGCCAGUCCAGGGCUCACUGACAACGAGAGACUGUUGACCAACUCUAUCAGCAACAGCAGCAUCUCGCAAUACUCAUUCUACUACACGCAAGGCCUCCAUCUCGCAGGAACCAACCAAAGCCAGGCUCAGUACACCGCUGAUCUCUGGGCUGAGGCAGGAUUUGACAGCCGACUCGAUGUAUACAACGUCUUCUUGAACUAUCCUCUCGACAACAGCUUGAACGCGACUUGGUCCAAUGGCAGCGUCUACCAACCAGAGCUAGAGGAGGCCGUCCUCAAGGAGGAUCCCGUCACUGGCUUCCCGAACCGCGUACCCACCUUUCAUGCCUACUCUGCCAGCGGCUCGGUCGAAGCUGAAUAUGUCUACGUCGGCAUCGGACAAAUUCCCGACUUCGAACGUCUCCUCGAAUUGGGCGUGGAGCUGAAAGGCAAAAUUGCCCUCUCUCGAUAUGGAGGCCCGUUCCGCGGACUGAAGGUCAAGAACGCUCAAGCAUACGGCAUGAUCGGCUGCAUCAUGUUCAACGACCUGGCCGAUGACAGAAUCAAAGUAUCGGGUGGAUAUUUGGCCUACCCGGACGGUCCAGCUCGUAAUCCGACUUACGUCCAGCGAGGUACCGUCCUCUUUUUGUCAACUCGUCCAGGAGACCCGACGACUCCAGGCUACCCUUCCAAAGCGGGCGUACCCAGAACGGGAAGAGACGAUGUUACCCCAGUCAUUCCAUCUCUACCAAUCAGCUAUAUCAACGCCGGUCCACUUCUAGCCGCGCUCGAAGGCUUCGGAGCUUCGGGAGCAGAGGUCAACCGUAGCAAGUGGAUCGGCGAUUACGACACUGGCUACUACUCUGGCCCUGCUCCAGGCGUCACGCUCGGUCUGUCGAACUUGAUGAACGAAACUUACACCGAUAUCUGGAACGCAAUUGGGGUCAUCAACGGGACUGACCCUAAUGAGGGUGCAAUCAUUAUCGGGAACCACAGAGAUGCAUGGAUGAUCGGCGGAGCCGGUGAUCCGAAUAGCGGUACAGCCGCCUUGAAUGAAGUCGCAAAAGCGUUCGGGGGUCUACUAAAGACUGGCUGGAAGCCCAAACGCACCAUUAUCUUUGCAUCCUGGGACGCUGAAGAGUACGGCAUGGUUGGCUCGACAGAAUUCGUGGAGGAAUACCUUCCCUGGCUCAAUGCGUCCGCCGCGACAUACAUCAACUUCGACUCUGCUACCAUCGGGCCCGUUCCUGCUUUUGCCGGCACUCCUGAGCUGCACCAGAUUGCAAUCGAGACGAUGAAGAAGGUACAAUGGCCAAGGACUAGCGGCACCAUGUACGAAGCUUGGAGUAAACAGCCGCAGGUUCUUGGUGCCGGCAGUGACUACAUUGCCUUUGUGCAGAACGGAUUCCCAACGCUCGACGUCGGCUCGGUCGCAAGCCCCACGAGUCCCAUCUUCAUGUAUCACAGCAAUUACGACACCUACGAAUGGAUGCGCCGCUUCGGCGACCCAGGCUUCCAAGUCCACGCCGCCGUUGCCCAAUAUGUCUCUCUUCUGCUCGAUCUCACUGCCCUCCGCUCAGCAAUCGACACAUUCCGCGUUCAUGCCGAGCAAGCGGACUCCUUGACCGCGGAUGCUGUAGCAGCAAGAGACACGGAUUUGAUUACCGCGCAAAACAAGAAGUACCAAAGCUUCCACCGAAGGUUCGCCGAUACACCUGGUCUGCCCGAUCGGACGUUCUAUCGGCAUGCAAUCUUCGCUCCUGGGAGGGAUGAUGGAUACGCGCCGGUCACGUUCCCGGGAAUCACGGAGUCGAUUGUUUUGGAUAAGAAUCUGAAAUUGGCGAUGGAAUGGGUGGAGAUUACGGCGGGUGUCAUCGUCGCUGCUGGAGAGGUGUUGAAGGCGUAA